AUGACAGGCCCUUACUUCCUCCCCUGCCUCCUCCUCCUGCCGCUGGGCACCUGCUUUCCUCUGCUGGGCAGAGAAGAGCCCAUGGACACCCUGGGCGGCGCCGGAGGCGACACGAGCUGGGCCGGCCCGGCUGCGGGGCGCCGCGUCCCCUUACCGCGGGGCUCCUCUCCCGGGCCCGGAGCUCCACACCCGCAAGCCCUGCUCGUCAUGGCCAAGGAGCUGCAGAUGUCCCGCAGGGAGCGCGCCGGCUUCGGGCUCCGCUUCGGGCGGCAGGAUGAGGGCAGGGGGGUCGCUGGCUUCCUCCUGGCCGACGGCGAGAAGGCCAGCAGCCCGCUGGGGACGCUGGCGGAGGAGCUCAACGGCUACAGCAGGAAGAAAGGCGGCUUCCGCUUCCGCUUCGGCCGGCGGUGAAGGGCCAGGCACCCUGGAGAGGGUCUCUCCUCGGCCCCCCCACCUCAAAGACCCUGAAAAGGGGUGGGUGUUAGUAUAAUGUAUUAUUAGCCGUAGGAUUGGUUAGGUGGGUGCUUUCUUUUG